AGACCAACCAGCAUGCUUUCAAACACCAUUUCCGGGCUGGUACUGGCCAUUGGACUUGCAUCUGCUCAGUCUACCAAAACUACCUCGACGCGAACGACUUUAACAAGCACCAUAAAAUGGCAAGCCUCUGGAGGCGUAUCAUGCCCACAUCCGUCGGUCAACACGAAAUGGCCCACAGCGACCGGAAGCACCUCAUUCCCAACUGCCUCCUCUGGCGACUGCAAAGGCCAAGCCGAACAAGAUGAGGCUGCUGCCGUCUUCAUCUUGGAGAGCGGGGCGACAUUAAGAAAUGCCAUCAUUGGCCCCGCUCAAGCUGAGGGUGUACAUUGCCGCGGCCCCUGUAAUAUCGAGAAUGUUUGGUGGGAGGAUGUUUGUGAGGAUGCGGCGACGUUCAAGGGCACCGGCCCAAGAUACGUCAGGGGCGGAGGGGCGAAAGAGGCCAGUGACAAAGUCUUUCAGCACAACGGUGAGGGAUGGCUGCACAUCGAUGGCUUUUACGCCAACAAGUUCGGAAAGUUCUACCGCUCAUGUGGCAACUGUAGCCAGCAGUUCCAGCGACACGUCAACAUUACCAACUUUGUGGGGAUACAAGGAGUAGUUAUGGGAGUCAAUCAGAACUAUGGUGACACUGCCACUCUAUCCAACUACUGUCUCGCAAAGAUUGGGGUCAUUUGCACACGCUAUGAGGGCUGUGUCAAGCCAUGUGAAGCUGGGGAGAUUGGUGAGGGAGCACUAGCACCAUACUGUGUCGUUAAUGGUCAAGAUUGGUCUUGA